AUGACUUCCGUCAAAAAGCUUUUGACCGACUUGCACGUCAAGUAUAUUCAAUCUCUUGACACGAAAAAAGAUGACUUGGAAUAUUGGCUCACCGAACACCUUCGCCUUAGCGGUGUCUAUUGGGGCUUGACGGCCUUGGACUUGAUGAAAAAUCUCGACGCCCUUCAUAGAGAGGAGGUGGUGAAGUAUGUGAUCUCUUGUCAACACGAUAAUGGCGGUUUCGGUGGUCACGUUGGUCACGAUCCGCAUUUGACGCAUACGCUUUACGCAGUACAAAUUUUGGCGAUUGAAGAUGCAUUGGAUGCGGUUAAUGCCGAAAAAAUCGUGGAAUGUAAGCAGGAUGAAUCAUUUUGGCUGACGUAA